CGAACAAUUUUUACCAAAUCAGUCUAUGAAGGUUUGUUCCAAUGAGGUCAAUAGGCAGCACUGGCUAUGCCUGGACACCACAUGGGUAACUCUUCCCCACUUUUUAACCUCAUUUGUGGCAUUAACAUGAACAGGAGAGUGCAGACGAAGUGAGGUAACGAUAUAAAUAUAAAAGUUUUUUGUUGUUGUUUGUUUUGUUCAUUUCCCAAUCAUGGACAACUUCACAGAGAUGUGAGUUGCGUGUCUUGCAAAUAGGCAUUGCAAAUUGCUGAAACCUGUUUUUUUAUUUUUAUUUCAUUGUGCAGUGGCACAAUCACAUUCAGUGGUGUUUUUGGUGUCGUGAGAAAGGGGAAAUGCGUUUUACUCUAAUGGUGAGAUGUGUCAUUUCUGAACGAAAUGAUGGGUGUAAUCUAACUGAUUUGCCAAACCAAAGCAUUGAAAUAUAGCCUUGUCAAUAGGGCGAGCUGUUAUUUACCGUUAUAUAUAUUUUUAAUGUUUUGCCACUAUAUGGAUAAAACUAACAGCUGAGAUUAUUUAUUUCGUGCUAUGAUACGGCAGCAAGUCAUUGGUCUUUGACUUUUACUUUGAAAUGUCACCGUCACCUAUUCACAUAUCGUGACCGGAACCGACCAUCUGUAUUUCGGCUAAUUUCAUGCUGCUUUUACCCAUUUCUUGUCAAGCUACUUCAAUUUCCAAGGAGAGCUACUGUCUGUACUGUUUGGGACAUAUAGACAGAGAUAUUUAAAAACAUUCAAACAAUCUGCAUGAUUGUUUAAAUACAAUCAAACCAAAAGUAAACAGUUAUCAUCAACCAUAAAAUUCACUUCUAACACCAAAGCACUGAAUUUUUGUAUUCUUAAAAUCUGUUUCAUGCAACAAAUCUGUCUAAAAGCUUUUAGCAACAUACAAAAUAAUGGUUUAAAGCUUUCAAGACGAAAAACAAUGCAAAUUCAUAAAUCCGUUUAUUAAGGAUGGAGGCCUAUUUUCUAUUAGGCAGACAGUUUGAACAACUAAAUGACAUUUCCUGAAAAUGAUAGUUGCUAGCCAAAAGCUUUUGGACAGGCAAGAAUUUUCAGUGCUUCAGACUGGCCUACCUCUCUGUUCCCCCUCCCACCACCUUUUCCUCUAUCAGGCAUUUCUCUCAAGGAGAAACCAGUACAAUCAGAGGUCGUCAAGGUGAUCGUUUCUGUGCCACAACGAUGCAUUCAUAUGGCGUAAUUGUGUUAUGAGAUAGAUGGGACAGUGCAUGUACUUAGGCCUCUGUAGCAAUUCCAUGAUAAAGGAAUUUUAACAAGCAUGAAACGUAAGAGGAUUUUAGACUCAUUAUGCGGUAUGAGUCCUGAUUUGCCCACCAGUGGAAAGUUUAAGGGAAGUGUCUGCGUGAAACGAGCAUGAAAUUACACCAUUCAUGUCAUUCUUGCGUCACCAAAUUGUAAUAGAAAAUUAUGUAUUUGCAUUAUUUUUUUGAAACAUAAAUAGCCUACACCAAUCAAUGAAUGAAAGGAGUUUACACAAAAAUGAAAGUAAAGAGAAAAUAAUACAGAAAAUCCCUUUGAAGUCACUUUCCUCGCCAGAGAAUAAAGAAUUUAAGUAGCAUACAAAUCUGAAUGACAGUAGGAGGUAUAGAAAAUAUGUUGGAACGCAAAAAAAUAUCAUUGUCAUCCAGAUUAACCAUUAAUAUGACUAUAGCAAUGACUCAUUUUACUUUCAAUUUUUUUAUUUUUCAGUGUCAAUCAAUACAAAAAUAAUAAAAGCCAGGUACUAGAUGCAGAUGCAUCUUAACAUAGCCUUAAAUUCACCUCUUGAAAUAUUUACAUUUAAAUAGGAGAUAAAUUCAAUUCUACCUGGUUUCUGUGGGGGUGUCUGACAGAAUGUCAGAAUGACGCACUCUUUCAAAUACUGAUCAAACGUUAGGUGAUGGGAUGGAUGGGGAGGAUGUGUGUAUAAAUUCUUCUGCUCAGCAUAUAAAAGCCAAUGUGCCACACACAUGAUCAGGCAAGUUUGUCAAGGGACCAAGGAUAGCUACGACACCUGGACGCUUGUCAUCGGCCGGGAACAGACAAUGCUUGCAUCCCAGUCACAAUCUCUAGCUAUUCUAGUCCUUGUGGUUUUCACAGCUGUUCAGUGUCAGGAUGACCGACGGAGAGCAGUGACUGAACAUCAGCUGUUGCAUGACCGCGGCCGCACCAUUCAGAGUCUGAAGAGGCUCAUAUGGCUCUCGAGCGCCAUAGAGGGGCUCCACACAGCUAAAGCUCGAGCCGUUGCCGUCGACGAUGACCCUUCCAGGUGUUGUUCUGACCAUCCACAGCAGCUCUUCGCUCAGGGUGCUAGGGACAGCAGUGGCCACAUGGGGGCGAUGGAGUCACUGUUUAGUGACAUCUUCAGACCUCACAUUACAGCUGUACUGCCUAGUUCAGAAAAAUAGCUUUUUCACUGUACAUUUUAUGGUUUCUAAACUUUGUGCCAAUGCUAUCAGUGUGCUUCAAGGUGGCCUCUUUUGUUUUAUUGUACAGGAAAUGUAUGUGCAUACAGAGCUUCAUACUACUUAUGUGCAUUCCCUUAUGUGUGCUUCACUGUAGACAACUGUGCUGUUGUUAAGUCUCUGUUCACAUGUUGCCAGCACUGCUACUGUUGUAAAUAGAGAUGAUAUUUUGGACUGGGGAGAUUUGGAAAAAAAGUCACAGAAAUUCUGGAAUGUUUCCUCAUCAGAAUUUCUGUGGGAAGGCAAUGUGUUCUAUAUAGCCCAAACCUAUAGGAAAUGUACAGGUCUCAGUACUGUUUUGCUAUGCAGUUUGCUAUGCAGUUAUGCAGAAAAAGGAGGCCAGGUUGGAAGGUGAGGACUCAUAGGGGUUGUCAGUAUGCAGUCUGGCAGUUCAAUAAAAAGCUCUGUUUAUA